AUGGAGCUGUUUGACGAAUUUGAAUAUAGUAAACGCGACAUAUUGGGACAUGGAGCUUUCGCCAUUGUUUAUCAAGGGCGAUACAUUAAAAGACCGGACAUACCAGUUGCUAUAAAAUGCAUCGGGAAGAAGAAUUUGUCAAAAUCAAAGUCUCUACUCACGAAAGAAAUUAAGAUCUUGAAGGAGCUUAGCAACUUGAAACAUGAGAACUUGGUCUCUCUACUCAAAUGUACUGAAACCAGUCAAUAUGUAUAUCUCGUUAUGGAGUUUUGUAAUGGAGGCGAUUUGGCUGAUUAUUUACAAAAAAAUCAGAAACUCUCCGAAGAAACUAUACAGCACUUUGUUGUUCAAAUCGCUAGAGCUAUGGAUGCCAUAAAUAGUAAAGGAAUUGUACAUCGUGAUCUCAAACCACAGAAUAUUUUGCUUUGUUAUGAUACGAAAUCUGCUAACCCUCCCAUUCAUGACAUUGUUGUGAAACUAGCCGAUUUCGGAUUUGCCCGUUUCUUGAACGAUGGUGUCAUGGCAGCUACUUUGUGCGGCUCCCCCAUGUAUAUGGCUCCAGAGGUUAUCAUGUCCUUGCAUUAUGAUGCUAAAGCUGAUUUGUGGUCAAUUGGAACUAUCCUUUUCCAAUGUUUGACAGGACAGGCUCCAUUUCCGGCUUCUACUCCUCCAGCCUUGAAGCAGUUCUACGAGAAAAACAAUAAUCUCGUUCCUAAUAUCCCUGAAAGCUGCUCCUUCGAUUUACGGGACCUGCUUACUCGACUUCUAAAGAGAAAUGCUGUGGACAGAAUUUCUUUCGAGGAUUUCUUCAAGCAUUCAUUCCUUCACAAGAAAAUCGUUCCCGUGCCCAAGCGUAUUGGGUUGGAGAAUGCUUCUCCUGCCGUAUCUCGUCGAAAUAUUCCUACUUCUGCUCUUCCCAUUCCACGAAAGCCUGGUAGCACAGCGAAAUUCGAAAGUCCACAAGCUUCUCAUCGAACGCUCGUUAGUGCAUCGCCUCAACCUAUCAGACGUUUUAACCAAAACCAUAAUAAUGUUAAUGAUAGUAACGAUUUCACAUUCUUACCUCCUUUGCCAAACCGUGCGCAUGAAAACAACCCUGUUAAACAGGUUCAAGUGCAUUCUGGAGAGUCUCCACUCUGUGUAAAACCUGUGCCAGUCCCGAGCCAGAGGAACAACUUUGCCAGAAUCGAAGAACGACGGCCGAAAGAGUCACAUGAAACCAAACCUCAACAACAGAUAUCUUAUAGCCCAGCACAACAGCCUAGCCAAUAUCAACAGCAGUUGGGUUCUCCUCGCAAACCAUUAGAUCUCCCUCCAUCACCUAUCGAAAAUAUCAGCUUACCUCAUACUCAAUAUAUCGUGCGGGGCGUUGCAAAUAGACGAUCCGCAACUGACUUAAGACAAAGGAACGCUUCAUGCGCAACUUUUGGGCAAAGCAAUAUACCGGGCCAAGUUCCGGACCCGGGUAUAACUGAAAUAUCUUUCUUGCGUUCAACCCUUCUCUUUCCAGUUAUCCCAAAAUCAGCCACGGUCAACGAACUUUGCAAUCCAACACACCCCCGAGAGGAAGAUCUAGACAAUUUAAAAUUUUUGGCUGCUGGCCCUGCAGAAGAAAAUAGACCAUCAGCUGGAAGCGACAUCAGUGAAGAUGAGGAUGACGGUUUGAAUGACAAUCCAUUGCCCUUCGCAGCUAGUCGAUUAGAUUCUACUCACUCACAAAUGAUGGAGAGCUGUCUGAGCGAGGAACAAACCUCAUCGUCGUCCGUUGGUAACCAGAACAUGAACGAGCCCAAUGCUGAACAUAAAAUGGGAACCCCAGAUUCGCCAAGUCGACAAAACAAUGAAGUGGAUGCUAAUGUGCCUCCUGCGCUAGAACAAGAAACGGUCAUGGAAGAGGAGCACAAACAAAUUCUUGCUAAAUUGCGAUUCGUCGUGGAAUUAGUGGACACUUUGAUGCAGGUGGCAGAGCAAGCGGAUAAUCCACUUGUUGUUGCGUUAGGGAAUAGGAAGCCGGAACCAUCUUCGGCUUAUAGAAGAGCCGAACAAUUAGUAGUAUAUGUCCGUGCGUUACAUAUGCUCUCUUCUGCCCUAUUACUAGCGCAACGGAACGUUGCCUCACGUACUCUUCAGCCAUCAUCAGCCGUUCAGAAUGUAUUAAAUCUUCUUAAUGACAAGUAUCAUCAGUGUCUCGUUCGAUCCCAAGAGUUAGCCUCCUUAGGUUUACCAGGACAGGAUCCUGCAAUGGCUGUUAUCUCAGCUGAACGAAUAAUGUAUCGCCACGCAAUUGAGCUUUGCCAAGCAGCCGCUCUCGAUGAACUCUUUGGUAAUCCACAAUUAUGCAGCCAGAGAUAUCAAACUGCUUAUAUGAUGCUCCAUACGUUAUCUGAGCAGGUUCAUAGCGAACAGGACAAAUCCAUUCUUUCACGCUACAAAUCAGCAGUUGAAAAAAGAUUGCGAAUUUUGGAAAGGCAAGGGUAUGUGACUGCUGUCCAAACAUAA